GAUAGAGGGACUCGCAUCAGGUUCUUGGGAGUUUGCUCGCCGGGAUCGGUAGACUUUCGCCCCCCUACAGGGACACUUUUCUUUGCCAUGAGCAAUGUUGGGAUAAAGCGUCCCUGUGAGUGUACCAUUGCCCAUGAUAUAUCACUGGAAAAUGUUUCAAGAAUGCAUGAGCUUUCAGAAGCCUUCCAUGCUAUUUCCUUAAGACACACAUGCCUCAUGUCUAUCUUGGAGCAGUUUAGUAAACUGAGUUCUAGGGCCGGAGAUCUCAGCUUCAACAAGUUGAACGGAGAGAUUCCAAAUCUUGAUGGCCUAACAAACGUGGAGGUCAUGUGUCUGACAGGCAACCGGCUUAAUGGAAAUAUUCCAGAUGGAAUCAAGGGAAGGCAGAGCCGCACGAACUUGUUCAGAAGCUUUUCUGAGGAGGGGAACUUAGAACUUGGUGGGUGCCUGGAAAACUAUCCUUGUCAAAAAGAUCGUUAUUCAUUGCAUAUAAAUUGUGGUGGAGAGAAAUCUAUUGUUGGAAAUGUUGUUUAUGAAGGGGAUCAAUAUGAAGGAGGUGCAGCAAAAUUUCAUCCUAUGACUGAUUAUUGGGGAUUUAGUAGCACUGGACACUUCUGGGAUCAUAACAGAACCAUAAAUGAUUACACAGCACAAAAUGUAUCCGUACUUGGAAUGAACCACUCUGGGUUGUACACCAGAGCACGACUUUCUCCUCUAUCUUUUACUUACUAUGGGCGCUGCUUAGCAGAUGGGAACUAUACAGUAAAAAUUCACUUUGCAUAGAUAAUUAUCAGAGGCAAUAAAUCCUUUCAUAGCCUUGGCAGACAGAUUUUUAAUGUUUAUAUUCAGGGAAAGUUGGAAUCGGAGGAUUUUGAUAUUGUACAAGCAGCACAAGGGGUUGAAAAGGUAGUUGUAAAAUAAUUUAAAGCAGUUGUGAAGAAUAAAACUUUAGAGGUCCGCUUUCAUUGGGCUGGCAAGGGGACAACAACUAUACCAAGCAGAGGAACUUAUGGUCCUCUCAUAUCAGCUAUUUCUGUGGAAUCUGGUGAGUUUAGGCCUUAUUCAUUCCUAGUGAAAUAUCGUAGUCUUUCUCUUUCAUAGUUAAGUUGGAUGUGCCUUUUUGUUGCCUAACUUGUUCUGCUAUGACAAAUAACUAUAAAGUUAUGCUGUUAAAUUAUGAGAUCAAUAGUUUUGUAACCUCAGACAGUUAUUUAACAACUUCAUGAAAACCAGCUCAAUUCCUCUAUUUUAUUUUAUUUUUCUAACCAAUUUACUCCCUGAUAUCUGCAAUGCUAAAGAAAUCUUUUUAUAGAAAACAUCAAUUGAAUGGAAUUGUGUGCUAAGCAUAGCAUUCAAGCUAACACUGUUGUUUUUAUUUUUGAUAUAUUUCAAGCCUCUUUCUAAUGGCAAAAAGAAGAUACUCAUUGCAGUUCUAGUUUCAGUAUUGGUUUUCAUUUUCACAAUUUUGGGCCUUAUUUUCUGGAAAUGCUACUUUGGACAGAGAACAUCAAGUGAACAAGGUAAUGUAAAUCUAUGACACAAGCUUUGGUGUGACCAUGUGAGAAGGAUAAUAAAUAAGUAUGUUUCCCAACUAUUGCAGGAAGUAGGAAGAAUUUGUGGCAACUUGAAUAUAAUUAUAAGUAGCCGAUAGACUCAAACUGGCCAUGACCUAAAUAAAAAAUAAUCAUCUGGAAAACAUAAGAAUACAUUAUCACCAGACACUCAAACGUUGGAGGAAAAAUUUCUUGGACAAUGAGAGGUUUUAAUGCAUGACUUCAUUAUAAGAUAUAAUGUCAUGGCACCUACGCUUGGACUAGUCUCUUAUUUACCCAUAUUGGAGACAUACUUCAUUAGUAACCUAGCAAGGUAUUAAGUUGUUCUUGCAUUACCUCAUUUGCAGUUUAUUUUUUUAUUAAUUGGUGUAUUUUUUUCACACUAACGAAAACCAGUGUAAGGAGUUUGCAAUUGGAACUCAAGUCUCUCAUUGAGGAGUUUGAGAAGCUUGACAAAUUCCAUAUGGAACAAAUGGAAGAAGAGGUUACCGCAAGAAAUGCCCACAUGCAUCAACAGAAAGUUGGUAGUUUGGAAUGUUUUAUGGUAGCUAAGAGCAGUGUAGAAGAAUUUUCAAAAACUGAUAUUGUUGAAGGAAACAUAAUGGUAUGCUGCUGCUGAUAAUGUUAUUGUUGCUAUUUAUGCUACUCAUCCAACUCCUAUGGAGAAAUAUGGAAGUUGUGGUUGAAAAGGUUUGCAAUAGGUUUGGUGGAGUCACAUGUAUUGUUUAUAUUAUUGUUUUAAUUCUAUUUUCAUCUAUCAUGUGCUAAUAUGACAACUUAUUAUCAUGUUAGGUUUUAAUGCAUGACUUCAUUAUAAGAUAUAAUGUCAUGGCACCUACGCUUGGACUAGUCUCUUAUUUACCCAUAUUGGAGACAUACUUCAUUAAUAACCUAGCAAGAGUAAGGAGUUUGCAACUGGAACUCAAGUCUCUCAUUGAGGAGUUUGAGAAGCUUGACAAAUUCCAUAUGGAACAAAUGGAAGAAGAGGUUGCCGCAAGAAAUGCCCACAUACAUCAACAAAAAGUUGGUAGCUUGGAAUGUUUUAUGGUAGCUAAGAGCAGUGCAGAAGAAUUUUCAAAAACUGAUAUUGUUGAAGCAUGGACACAUUGAAGAGACAUCUUCCUAUUUCUGGACCAGAGGGACUUAAUGAGCUAAGGAAAAUUGUUGAAAGGUUUGAGGAAAAGAUUUAUUCUACUGCCACAAGCCAGGUAUAUCCAUCAUGCUAGUAUUUACUCAACCAUUCCUCAAGACCUAUGAACAUUUUUUGUAUCUAUCCUUAGUGUAAAAUAUUAAAGUGCAAAACUUGAUAUUAUCUUAUCUUACUUUGUUAUUAAUAAUUUGAUGAAUUGAUAUAUUUUUAUUUUUACGUCUAA